GUGCUGGUGCUCAGGCGCCGGUGGGUGGAGACUGUCACUGCCGCAGAGAUCCCGAUAUCCGCCGGUUCCUGCUGGGAGAUGGAGUGUGUCUUGAUCUCUCUGAGUUAAUGGAUGAGUGUUUCACUUAUGUCCUCAUAGCGGGCUCGAUCACACCACGGAUCAGAUGACAAUGAUCUCUCCCACUUUAGAUAUCCCCAGAUCUGAAGAGGGAGACAAUGUGCACGUUUCGGAAAGCCUGCUGUCCUGUCAUGAGGAUAGGGAUAAGUCUGAUGUAUCUCUUGAGUUGCAUUUGGAGGCUCUGAAGGCCAAACGCAAGCAGCAUCUGGAGAAACUAGAGCUCCGGCACCAGAAUGGCCUGGAGAAGAGGCUCCUGCAGAACUCCCUGCUCACUUCAAGCACCGAAUGGAUACUGAAAUCCAAAAUACCCCAGCAGAGCAUCAGCCAUCAUGAUAGGCCCAACUCAGAGAAUCGCAGACACCCCAGUUCAAAGGUGAUUCUCCAGAAUUUGACCUCAAAUGGAUUUAAAGCACCAAGAGCUACUGGAACUAAUUCUUUGGGAACAGUGCCAGAGCGACCGAGGAAGCCUCUCCCUCAGGAUUCACGGAAAGCCAAAGAGGAGGCAGACCUGGCUGAGUGUCAGAAACAGUUUCGCGUCGCUCCCGUCCCUGAGCACAUCUCAAAGCCUCUUUAUGAGGACCUCAUCCAUGAACAAGAGCGCUUGAGGAAGGAAGGUCGCGAGCAGAGGAGAGAUUUCCUCUUGACCACGCAGAAGCCCUUCAGGUUCCACAAGAAGCAGGAGAAGAAGCGAGAGAGGCUGAAGGAGGAGACGGCCUCUGCUGAUAAAAGUGAAAAAACAGAACCAGUUUGUGUGAGGAAACCUAUACCGAAAGCGGUCUUAGACCCCAGCUUCUCUGAACAAAUGAGAGAGCAGGAGCAGCGAAGGAAGAUUCGCAUUCAUCUGAGAGCUCAGGAGACUCUGAAAGCCUCCUCAGCACCCAUUCAGAGACAGGAGCACAGUUCAGAUAGACAGACCCGCAGUGCUCAGAAGAGCAAAAGCAAGAUGCUGGGUUACUUGGACCAGAAGCUGUCCUUCAGACCUAAAACUAACACUACCGUGCCUGACUUUGAUAAGCUUUACCAGGCCUUUCAACAAAAGGCAAUGGAGGCUGCAGAGAGGAGAGAUGUCACUCACUGUAAACCUUUCCAGCUGCGCACAUCCACGCUACAGCCACGCCACAGGAGCCCAGAAAACCCACAGAAAUCUAGAGACAAGACGAAUCUAAAGAGAAGCAGUUCAUUUGGUGGCCUGACAUCACUGUCGAUGGACACUCUUCCAACUUACAUAACAGAUGCGGCCAGGAAGAGAUCCGUGGCUGUAAGGAGAUCUUUGGAGCUGAAGGACCUGAAGGAGCAGGAGAAUGCAAAGUGGAUGAAGGAGCACAGAAUCAAGUCUCAAGCUAUGAGCAGGGCAGUAGCAAUGAGAGCCAAGGCAAUGGACCCUCAUAAAAGUCUUAAAGAGGUCUACCAGGAGAAACUCAAACAGAACCGGCAAGCUGAUCUGGAGAGGAUGAAAGAUUAUCAGAAAGAGCUGAAGGAGAUCAAAACCAGAGUAACGUCUCGCCCGUACCUGUUUGAGCAGGUGUCACAGAAAAAUGCCAAGAAUAAUGCUGAACGCAGAUACAGGAAUACUUUGGAACAAGCAGGUCUGGACGAAAAUUUUGUGAGAUCAAAGGGAGAAACAAAUAAAGCCAUCCAUGUGGACAAUGAGUCUGCGGAUGAGGAUCAUGACAGCACUGAAAGCCAAACCCAGGAGAGUGCAGGAAGUGGGGAAGACAGUGUCACAAAUGAGGAGGAAAAAGAAGAGAAUGUGGAAACCAAAGGGGAAGAGUUGUGCUGACAGACACGGUUGGUGGGCCAGCGUAUUUCAUCCAUAUUCCAUAUGUGCAGGGGAGACUGUGGUCAGACAACAAAUUGUUGACAGAUCAUUUCAGUUAUGUGCAUGAUUUACUUGAACACAGAUUUUAUUUUUUAGUACUGUAUAUUGUGCCAGUGAAUCAGUGUGGGUCUUUAUAGAGCUGAGCCCUCUUGUUUGUUAAAGUUUUUGUUCAAUAGAGAAAGGAUUCAAUAAAUUCCAUAUGUAUUUUUAA